GAGCACCAGCUCCAUUACCUGUAUCGAUCGUCAUCCCGAGGUCUCUUGCAUAAAUCCGACGGAACAUGGAGCUUCUGGGCACCUGAAAUGUGCGAGCAGGGAGCGACAUUCUCAGGUUACAGCUGCGACGUGUGGGCGGCCGGGGUCUGUCUCUGGGCCUUUAUGUUCGGCAAGCUCCCUUUCCAGGAAGACUCGCCCGAGGUGCUUUUUGAAGCCAUUCGAGACAAGGAGCUUGAUUUCCCUCUUGAAGAGAGACAAGUAAGCUCCGAAGUGCAAGACUUGUUGCGACGUUUCCUCCAGAAAUUGCCGCGGGAGCGGAUCACGGUGGGGCAGGCUCUGGAUCACCCGUGGGUGCAGCUUGCUGACGAAGAGGAAGAACAUGAAACACGGGCAGGGAAAGGCGAGGACGAGUGUAUAACAGACGCCAAUCUCCCUCCGAUAGUAACCGUGGACCCGGAUCAAAGCGAAGCGAGGCCCUG